AUGCCCGACCCGGCAACAGGCGAAUACACACCUAUAGAGGAGCGUUAUCGCAGACUGAAAAUCCUGGAAACAGAUCGAAUUUCCGGCGAUGCUCUCGAGGACCGCUGGAGGAAUCGCUCUGCGUUCGUGCGCGACCUGGAGCGAUUGGAGCAGCUUCGUCUCCAGCUUGGUCCCCAACCGGCUUCAGAUAACCGUCCCGAGCCAGGUCUAGACCAGACAAGGUUGCUUAUCGAAUAUGGCGCCCUCUUGAACAAACUCAUGCCUGACAACUGGCACUUCACUCCCGACGAGACAGGGGCUAUGCGCAGCGAAUGGCUAAGGGGUGCUGUUAUUGGCAGCUUUGAUCGGGAGCUCCUGCAAGAGACAAGGUUGUUCUCACUUCUCUCGAUUGCAACUGAAAGGGACACCAGGCAAGCGCUUGAGGGUAUUUCGGAACGAGCAGUAAGGUUUAUGCUUGCAGACUACAGACACAAUUGGUUUGUGAACGCAGGCAUUUUCCGUCACUACAUGGCCAGCGAAAGCCAGUUGGGUGGAUCAUCGACUGUCGUACCUACACCACAGGCGUUCAUGGUAGAACGUCCAGCACGACAGCGAGAAGUGUCUUCGUCGCGUCCGGGCGAAGGUAGUAGAUGGCAACCCGGUAUGUCGCCGUUCAGGUCCUCGGCCGCUCAGAGCCAGAGUAUGAGAGUUAGUUGGUUCGAUGAGAUGCCGCGUGGAGCCAAUGCAGAAGCUCUGCUUGACCCGGAGUAUCUCCAGUGGCGGCAAGAGCAGGGUGAACCGUCAAGAUUCAACAGUCCCAGAGCCGUGGGAGGAGCAAGCCGUACCAUGAGUGCUGAACCUCUCGCUGCACAACAACAGACCCGGCCCGUCGUCAAUGGGGGUAGCAGUACGUUCACACAACUGCCUCGUACACCGGACAUGGACGAACUUGUGCGACCACCCCAGAACAGAGAGCCAGAUCUUCACCCGGAGCAGAUGAGUCAGCGAGGAGAAAUCCAUGAGGCCAUCUUCAGCGAGCUGCAACCGCUAAUUCCUGGACCCCAAGCACAAACAGAGGCAUCCAGACAGUGCCCUCGCCAGGCCAUUCACGACCGCAGCGUGCAGACCAAUGCGAACGCCAUGGGUGCUCGGGUGAUCCGCAUAUUCCGACACACUCUUCAUCGACGCCGGUCAAGGUAG